CUCCAGGCCCGGGCCACGCCCUGUGGCAGGUGGGAGGACAAUGCCAGCUGUGUGCCGUCACACUGCCUCGCUGGCCCAAGAGGAGGGCCAUGGCACUACCCCAGCCUCAGCCUCUCUUGAUGUCUCUCCCUCCCCGCCCAGCCCCUGCUAUCUGCCAUCGCCAACCGUCCAGCUAGGUCUCCUCUCAGGACAUCAACAAGGACACCUGAAGCAGGAGUCCAGCCGCAGACCCCAGGCUGGCUCUCCCGGUCCAGUCCCACCAUGGACUCUGCGUACGAGAUGGGCCACAUCCGCAAGCUGCAGGCGCGGCACAUACAGAUGCAGGAGAAGACCUUCACCAAGUGGAUCAACAAUAUCUUCCAGCAGGCCCGGGUGGGCAUUGAGAUCCAGAACCUGUGCACAGAGCUGGCUGACGGCACCCACCUGCUGCGGCUGCUGGAGCUCAUCUCAGGGGAGGCCCUGCCACCCCCCAACCGGGGCCGCAUGCGCGUCCAUUUUCUGGAGAACAGCAGCCGAGCUCUGGCCUUCCUCAGGGCCAAGGUGCCAAUACCCCUCAUUGGGCCAGAGAACAUCGUGGAUGGAGACCAGACGCUCAUCCUGGGACUCAUCUGGGUCAUCAUUCUGCGUUUCCAGAUUUCCCACAUCUGCCUGGACAGGGAGGAGUUUGGUGUCAGCACAGCCCUGCUGUCUGCCAAGGAAGCUCUGCUGGUCUGGUGCCAGCGGAAGACUGCCGGCUAUGCCAACAUCAACAUCACGGACUUCUCCCGCAGCUGGAGUGAUGGGCUCAGCUUCAGUGCCCUCAUCCAUGCCCACAGGCCAGACCUGCUUGACUACAGCUCCCUGCGUCCCGACCGCCCGCUGCACAACCUCCGCUGUGCUUUCCACGUAGCUGAGCAGGAGCUGGGCAUUGCUCAGCUGCUGGAUCCCGAGGACGUGGCAGCCCUACAGCCCGACGAGCGCUCCAUCAUGACCUACGUCUCCCUCUAUUACCACCACUUCUCCCGCCUGCACCAGGAGCAGACCGUCCAGAGGAGACUCGUGAAGAUCCUGCAUCAGCUGCGGGAGUCAGAGGCGCUGCAGACCCAGUACGAGGAGCUGGUGGCCGACCUGCUGUGCUGGAUUGCAGAGAAGCAGGUGCAGCUGGAGGCGCGGGAUUUCCCAGACAACCUGCCGGCCAUGCGCCAGCUACUGGUGGCCUUUGCCUCCUUCCGCACCCAGGAGAAGCCACCGAGGCUGCAGCAGCGAGGGGCCACGGAGGCCCUGCUCUUUCGGCUGCAGACAGCCCUCCGAGCCCAGAACCGCAGGCCCUUUCUGCCACCCGAGGGCCUGGGCCCUGCGGAGCUGUCCCGGCGCUGGGCAAGCCUGGAGCGGGCGGAGGCCUCACGGAGGCGGGCCCUGCAGCAGAGGCUCCUACAACUAGAGCGGUUGGAAACCCUGGCCCGGCGUUUCCAGCGUAAGGCAGCCCUCCGGGAGAGCUUCCUGACAGACACAGAGCAGGUGCUGGACCGGGCCGCAGCCCCGCCGGCCAGCCCAGCCAUGGUGGACGCGGCCGCCCAGAGGCUGGGCAUGCUGGAGGCCAGUAUCCUGCCCCAGGAGGGGCGCUUCCAGGCCCUGGCCGAGAUCGCGGACAUUCUCCAGCAGGAGCGUUACCACGGCGGGACAGAGGUGGCCAGCAGGCAGCUGGAGAUCACCCGGCGCUGGGAGCGGCUCCUUCAGCGGCUCCAAGGGCAGAGGAAGCAGAUAGCGGGCAUGCAGGCUGUGCUGAGCCUGCUGCGGGAGGUGGAGGCUGCCUCCGACCAGCUCAACGAGCUGCAGGUACUGGUCAGCUCCACGGCCUGUGGGCAGAAGCUGACAGAGGUAGAGGGGCUGCUGCAGAGGCAUGACCUGCUGGAGGCCCAGAUCUCAGUCCUUGGAGCCCACGUGAGCCAUCUGGCCCACCAGACAAUGAAGCUGGACUCUUCCACGGGCACUGCUGUGGAGGUGCUGCAGGCCAAGGCCAGGGCGCUGGCCCAGCUCUACCAGAGCCUCAUGUCUCUUGCCAGGUCCCGGCGGGCCUCGCUGGAGCAGACCCUGCAGCAGGCAGAGCUCCUGCACAGCUGUGAGGAGGAGGAAGCCUGGUUGAGGGAGCACGGACAGCUGGUGGAGGAGGCGUCCAUGGGCCCGGAUCUCAGCCAGAUCGCAGCGGCCCUGCAGAAACACAAGGCCCUGGAAGCCGAGCUCCAUCGCCACCAGGCCGUGUGCACUGAUCUUGUGCAGAGGGGACGCAAACUGGGAGCCUGCGGGCCCCCGAUGCGGCCGGAUCCCUGGGAGCGGGCCGAGGUGGUGCAGGGCAUGUGGCAGCGGCUCUGGGCCCGGAUGGAUGAGCAGGGCAUGAGGCUGCAGGCGGCCCUGCUCGUCCAGCAGUACUUCAUGGACGUGGCGGAGGCGGACUCGUGGCUUCAGGAGCAGCGGUCUACACUGGAGAGUGCAUCCUUUGGACAGGACCAGGUGGCCACCGAGGCCCUACUGCGGCAACACCUGCGUCUGGAACGCUCUGUGCGCACCUUCGGGACCGAGCUGCAUCGAUUAGACGAGCAGGCACAGGUGGCCACAGCCCAGGCAGCGCUCCUGAGGGAACCCCCAGAAGGUUGGAGCAGAACUGAUGGAGAUGUCACCAGGAGACCUGAGGAUGGGACCCAAAUUUUAGCACUGCAGGGCAGCCAACCACCAUGCCCUCAGGUCAAAACAAGCUUCAUCUACAGAGGACUGCACUUCACCCAGCUCCCGGGAGAGGCCCGGCAGCCCCCACGCCAGACGGACCCCGACACCCCAGGGGCCUGCCAGGCCACAGUGCCCCUCAGUCACAUCAUGGGACCGGAAGCUCAGGUGGUGUCUGCCCUGAGCUCUCCGAAGAUAAGCCUGAGAAACCCAGGGGCCUGGCAUGAAGUUUCCUGCCACUCUGGUCUGUGGGGCACCCAGAAGAUGGCCCUCCCAGAUGAGCCUGACCCUGACUUUGACCCCAGCACCAUCCUCCAGACACAGGACCGCUUGAGCCAGGACUAUGAGGGCCUGCGGGCCCAGGCAGAGCGCCGCAGGGCCCAGCUGGAGGAGGUGGUGGCCCUGUUUGGCUUCUAUGGCUCAUGUGGGGAGCUGCAGUCCUGGCUGACCAAACAGACGACGCUGUUGCAAACGCUGCAGCCCAAGGCCAACAACUUGGAAGUCAUGCAGCUCAAGUAUGAGAACUUCCUCACUGCCCUGGCUGUGGGAAGAGGCCUCUGGACUGAAGUUAACAGCUCCGCUGAGCAGCUGAAGCAGAGGUGCCCUGGAAAUUCCCCCCAAAUCCAGCUACAUCAGGAGGAACUGAGCCAGAGGUGGGAGCAGCUGGAGACCCUGAAGAAAGAGAAGGAAACGCAGCUGGCAUGCACAACGCAUGCAUGCAGUUUUCUGCAAGAGUGUGGAUCCACACGGGUCCAGCUGCAAAACCUGAUACUCCAGCUGGAAACCCUGGAGCUGGGGAACUCAGAGGAUGGCCACCAUGUUCUGCGAGUGGGCCAGCAGAAGAUGCUGGUGCUGGAGAAAGACAUUUGCCACCUGCAAAGGGCGGCUAGCAAGGUUGAGGAGAUGGGCCCCGCAGAGAGCCCGUCCCUGCAGGGACAGGUGGAGACGCUGCAGGGGCUGCUGGAGCAAGUGCGGGAGCAAGUGGCCCAGCGGGCCCAGGCCCAGGCCCAGGCCCAGACCCACCGGAGCUUCCUGCAGGAGAGCCAGCGGCUGCUGCUGUGGGCGGACAGUAUCCAGGCCAAGCUCCACAGUGAGGAGGAGGCAGUAGAUGUGGCCUCAGCCCAGCGGCUGCUGGGGAAGCACCGAGACCUGCUGGAGGAGAUCCACCUGCAGCAGGAGAGGCUGCAGCAGCUGGGGACAAAGGGAGAGCCCAUGGCAGCCUCGGGCUCCCCAGACUUCCGAGAGGUGGCUAGUGCCCUGAGGCUCCUGGGCCACCAAAGCCAGGAGUUGAAGGCCGCCUGGGAGCAAAGACAGCAGCAACUGCAGGAGGGGCUGGAAUUGCAGAAGUUUGUUCGAGACGUGGAUGGUUUCACUGCCUCCUGUGCCAACCAUGAGGCCUUCCUACGGCUGGACGGCCUCCAGGAGGGCGUGGUAGAGACCCAGAGACUGCUGCAGCAGCACCAGGAGCGUGGACAGCUGCUGGAAGCCCUUGGCUCUAGAGCAGAGGAUCUACGGGCGCGUGGCGAGAAGCUGGCUCAGAGCCGACACCCUGCUGCAUACAAGGUCAGAGAGCAGCUUCAGAGCAUCCAGGCGCGGUGGACCAGGGUCCAGGGGAGGAGUGAGCAGAGAAGGAGGCAGCUGCUAGCCUCCCUCCAGCUCCAGGAGUGGAAGCAGGACGUGGUGGAGUUGCUGCUGUGGAUGCAGGAGAAGGGGCGGAUGUUGGUGGACGAGCCAUCCCAAGACCCCAGCAACAUCCUGAGGAAACUCAGGCGGCACGAGGCAGCCACGCGUGAGCUGGCGGCCACCCAGGGGCAUGUGGAGGGCCUGCAGCAGGUCGGGAGAGAGCUGCUGAGCAGCAGGCCCCAUGCCCAGGAGGACGUGCAGGCCAGGCUUCAGGACCUAAGUAGCAAGUGGGAAGAGUUGAGACGCAAGAUGGCAGAGCGUGGGAAGCAGCUCCAGCAGGCUCGGCAGCAGGACCAGCUCCUGCGGCUGCUACAGGAAGCCAAGGAGAAGAUGGAGCGGCUAGAGGGGACCCUGCAGAGGGCAGAAAUGGGGCAGGACCUGGGCUCCAGCCGGGGGCUGCAGAAACAGCACUGCCAGCUGGAGGCCGAGAGCCAGGCGCUGGCCAGCAGGAUGGCUACCCUUGUCCCCGAGGCCCAUCAGGUGGUCAGUUCCCAGGCCAUCGUGGAGGAGACCGAAAAAUACCUCCAGAGGUUCAAGGCCCUGCAGGGACAUCUGGCCACCCGGCGAUGGCAGCUGCAGGCCUCGGUUGAGCUGUACCACUUCCACCACCUGAGCGACGCGGAGCUCACGUGGGUGGCAGAGCAUAUGCCUGUGCCCAGCCCCAGUUCUGCUAAGUACCCAGAUGGUGCCCACCGCCUUCUCCACAAGCACGAGGAGCUCCAGGCGGAGGUGGGAGCCCACCAGGGACAAGUGCAACGGGUGCUGGGUUCCGGGCGACACCUCGCAGCCUCCGGGCACCCUCAGGCCCAGCACAUCGUGGAGCGGUGCCAGGAGCUGGAAGGCCGCUGGGCGGAUCUGGAGCAGGCGUGUGAGGCCCAGGCCCGGCACCUGCAGCAGGCUGCUGCCCUCCAGCAGUGUUUCCUGGACACAUCAGAGCUGGAGGACUGGGUGGAGGAGAAGUGGCCACUGGUGAGCAGCCAGGACUAUGGUGGGGAUGAGACAGCCACCGUCAGGCUCAUUAAGAAGCACCAGGCCCUGCAACAGGAGCUGGCUCGUUGUUGGAGCUCCGUGGAGGAGGUUGGCCGGAGAGCUCAAACCCUCACUGGCCCGGAGGCCCCUGCACAGCUGGGUGUGGUGCAGAAGAGGCUCCGGGAGCGGCUGCAGGCCCUGCAGGAGCUGGCGGCCACACGGGACCGGGAGCUGGAGGGGGCCCUGAAGCUGCACGAGUUCAUGAGGGAGGCUGAGAACCUGCAGGGCUGGCUGGCUAGCCAGAAGCAAGUGGCCGCAGGAGGAGAGAGCCUUGGGGAGGACUAUGAGAAUGUCCUGUACCUCUGCACCAAGUUUGUCAAGUUUCAGCACAAAGUAGAGAUGGGUGGCCAGCGGGUGGCAACCUGCCGGCAGCUGGCAGAGAACCUGCUAGAACAAGGGCACAGAGCAGCCCCCAGGGCCCAUCAGAUGCAGCAGGAUCUGCAGGCUGCCUGGUCGGAGCUGUGGGAGCUGACCCAGGCCCGAGGCCGCCUGCUCCGAGAUGCCGAGACCACCCUCAAGGUUCACCAAGACAUGCUGGAAGCCCUCACCCAGGUCCAGGAGAAAACCACCAGCCUCCCCUGUGACGUGGCCCAGGACCUGCAUGGGCUGGAGGCCCAGCUGAGGAGACAUGAGGGGCUGGAACGUGAACUCACGGGCACUGAGCAGCAGCUGCAGGAGCUGCUAGAGACGGGAAGCGAGGUGCAGAGGCUGGGGCCCAGGCCGCAGGCCCACGCGGUACAGCAGAGGCAGCAGGCCCUGGUGCAGGCCUGGGAGACCCUGAAGCUGCGAGCAGAGCAGCGCCGGGCCCAGCUAGAGCGGGCAUGGCUCCUGGCCCGCUUCCACGUGGCGGUACGGGACUACACCUCCUGGGCGGCCGGCAUGUGGCAGGAGCUGCAAGUGGAGGCGAGCUCCCAGGAGCCCGGGAGCGGCCCACUGGAGCUCAGCACCCACCAACAACUUCGGGCCGUGCUGGAGGCCCGGGAGGAGCGGUACCAGCAGGCCGCCCAGCUGGGCCAGCAGGCGCUUCUGGCUGCAGGGACAUGCAUCAAGGAGGUCCGGGACGGGCUGCAAGACCUGCGGGACAAGCGGGAACGGGUGUUCCAGGCCUGGGAGCAGAAGCAGGAGAGGCUCCAGGCCAUGGGCCGGGAGCAGCUCUUCCUCAGGAAGUGUGGCCGCCUGGACGAGAUCCUCAAGGCCCGGGAGGUCAUCCUGAAAACCGGUGCCCUGGGGAGCUCGGUUGAAGAGGUGGAGCAGUUGAUCCACAAGCAUGAGACCUUCCAGAAGGUGCUGGCUGCACAGGAGGAGAAGGAGGCAGCUCUGUGUGAGCAAGUGAAGAUGCUCGGGGGCCCCAGGGCACAGGACCUGCUUUGCACAGUGCUGGAGCGCCGGGCUCGGGUGAAGGAACUGGUGGAGAGUCGGCAACACGCCUUGCACACCUCCCUGCUGAUGGCUGCCUUCGUCAGGGCCACCACCCAGGCCGAGGACUGGAUCCAGGAGCAACUCCAGCAGCUGAAGGCGCCAGUCCCUCCUGGGGACCUGAAAGCUAAGUUGAGACACCUGCAGAAACACCAGGCCUUCGAGGCCGAGGUCCAGGCCCGGGAGGAGAUGAUAAGCUCUGUUGUCAAGGAGGGCGAGGCUCUCCUAGCACAGAGCCACCCUCUGGAGGGAGAGAUCUCUCAGAGGCUGCGGGAGCUGCAGGAGCACUGGGAGAAGUUGAGGCAGGCAGUGGCUCUCCGGGGCAAGGACCUGGAGGACAAGCGGAACAUCCUGGAGUUCCUGCAGAGAGCGGAUGCUGCGGAGGCCUGGAUCCAGGAGAGGGAGGUGAUGGUGAAUGUCAGCAACCUGGGCCAGGACCUUGAGCACUGCCAGCAGCUCCACAGGCAGCUCCGCAAGCUCCGAGGAGUCUGGGCCAGGGACACGGCGAAUGAUGCCCACAUCAGGAGCAUCAUUGACUUCUCACCGCAGCUCAAUACCCAGGACACUGAGCAACUCAAGACCAUCUGGCAGCGGCAACAGCAGCUCAACAACAGGUGGAACAGUUUCCAUGGCAACCUACUCAGAUACCAGCAGCAGCUCGAAGCAGCCCUGGAGAUACACGGGUUGUCCCAAAAGCUUGAUGACAUCACUCAGCAGGUCAGGGAGAAGGCCGCCCUGGUCCAUGCCCUGGACUGUGGGAAAGAUCUGGACAAUGUGCAGAGGCUGAAGCAGAAACACAAGGAGCUGGAGCAGGAAAUGGGCCUCCUCCAGGCCCAGGUGGAGCCACUAGAACGUGAAGCAGGUCGAGUCUGCCAGAGAAGCCCUGAGGUGGCCCACGGCCUCAGCCACCAGCAGCAGGAGAUGAUGGACAGCUGGCGGCAGCUCCAGAGCAGGAUCCAGAAGUGGAAGGAGUCGCUGGAUGCCUUGCACGAAGCUCAGGAGCUGCAGGCAGUGCUUCGGGAACUGCUGGUCUGGGCCCAGAGGCUUCGAGCUCAGCUGGACUCCCGGAGAAGCCCUGGCAGCCUUGCAGAGGUCCAACGCAUGUUGGAGGAACACCAGGAACUCAAAGCCGAGCUGGACUCCCAAACAGACAGCAUCAGCCUGGCCCGAAGCACUGGGCAGCGACUGCUUGCUGCAGGGCACCCAUCCACCCCCAACAUCCGCCAGGCCCUGGCUGGUUUUAAUCAGGAGCUGAGCAGCCUGGAAGGGGCCUGGCAUGAGCACCAGCUCCACCUGCAGCAGGCCCUGGAACUACAGCGGGUUCUGAGCUCUGUGGAGCAGAUGGAGAGUUGGCUCUGCAGCCUGGAAGCCUGCCCAGCCAGUGAGGGUCUGGGGGACUCUUUGGCCAAUGUGGAGACCCUGCUGUGGAAGCAGAGGGUGCGUGAGCAGGACCUGGAGGCUCAGGCGGAGAAGAUGAGUGCGCUGGAAGCCACCACCCGCAGCCUGUUCCAGGGCGGACACCCCGAGGCCCAGGGUGCGCUGAGCCGGUGCCAGGCCAUGCUCCUGAGGAAAGAGGCACUCCUGGAGCGAGCCAGGACCCGUUGCCGCCAGCUGGAGGAGCUCAGGCAACUGCAGUCUUUCCUGCAGGACUCCUGUGAGAUGGCCGCCUGGCUGAGAGAGAAGAAGCUCGUGGCCCUGGAAGAGGGCUGGUGGGACCCAGUGGAGCUGCAGGCCCAGUUGCAGCAACAACAGAAUCUCCAGGCGGAACUGGACCCCCGUGCACACCGCCAGCAGAGGCUGCAGAUGGAGGGGCAGAGGCUGCUGCAGGAUGGCCACUCGGCCUCAGAGACCAUCCAGGAGCGGCUACAGGAGCUGAGAAAGCUCUGGGAAGAGCUGCAGGCCCAGUGCCAGAGGAGGGCAGCCAAGCUACAGGAGGCCCGUGAGGCCCUGCGUCUGCGACAGAGCGUGGAGGAACUGGAGAGCUGGCUGGAGCCUGUGGAGCUCGAGCUGAGAGUCCCCAUCGGGGGCCCGGACCAGCCUGGGCUGGAUGAGCUCCUGGGGGCUCAGGGGGAGCUGGAGGCAGCAGUGGACAGGCAGGUCGGGCGGGCACAGGCCCUGCUGGGCCAGGCCCAGGCCCAGGCCUGUGUCCAGGAAAGCCACUGCCUGGCCCGAGAUGUGGAAGAGCAGGCCCAGCGGCUGCUUCAGAGGUUCGAGAGCCUGCGGGUCCCCCUGCGGGAGCGCAGGACAGCCCUGGAGGCCCGGAGCCUGCUGCUGCAGUUCUUCAGGGAUGCCGACGAGGAGAUGGCCUGGGUGCAGCAGAAGCUGCUCCUGGUAGCUGCCCGGGACUGUGGCCAGAGCCCGAGUGCCCUGAGGCGCCUGCAGGAGAAGCACCAGAGCCUGGAGAGUGAGAUGAGCGGCCACGAGGCUCUGACCCGGGCAGUGGUGGGCACAGGGCGCAAGCUGGUGCAGGCUGGGCACUUUGCUGCCCGCGAUGUGGCUGCCCGCGUGCAGCAGCUGGAGGACGCCAUGGGCCGCCUGUGGGCAGAGGCUGCACAGAGGCGUCGGCGGCUACAGCAGGCUCAGGAGGCCCAGUCCUUCCUAACGGAGCUCCUGGAGGCAGAAUCCUGGCUGGAAGAACGGGGCUGUGGCCUGGACAUCGAGGAUAUGGGUCAGAGUGCCGAGGCCACACAGGCCUUCCUGCGGCAGCUGGAGGCCACCAGGAGGGACCUGGAGGGAUUCACCACGCGCAUUGAGAGGCUGCAGCAGACAGCAGCCCUCCUUGAGAGUGGGCAGAACCCAGAAAGCCCCAAGGUGCUUGCCCAGAUGCAUGCAGUAAGGGACACCCACUCAGGGCUGCUGCAGAGAGCAGAGGGCAGGGGGCAAGGCCUGAGGGAGCAGCUGCAGCUCCACCAGCUGGAGCGGGAAGCCCUGCUCCUGGAUGCCUGGCUGGCCAGCAAGGUGGCCACUGCUGAGUCCCAGGACUACGGGCAGGACCUAGAGGCUGUCAAGCUGCUGGAAGAGAAGUUUGAUGCUUUCAGAAAGGAUGUCCAGAACCUGGGGCAGGCUAGAGUGCAGGCCCUGAGGGAGUGGGCAGGCUCCCUGGAACGGGCAGCACCCAGGUGCUCUCCCCAGAUUCAAGCACAGAGGAGUCGCAUUGAGGCCUCUUGGGAGAGGUUGGAUCAGGCGGUGAAAGCCCACACACAGAACCUAGCUGCCACCCGUGAGGUCCGAAGCUUGGAGCAGGCGGCAGCUGAGCUCCAGGGCCAGAUGCAAGAGAAGGCCACCCUGGUGGCUAGAGAUGCCUGCGACCUUAGCCUGUUAACAGUGAAGACUCUGCAGCAACAGCACAGAUGUCUAGAGAGGGAACUGGCAGCGAUGGAGAAGGAGGUGGCACGGGUGCAGACGGAGGCCUGCCGGCUGGGCCAGCUCCACCCUGCAGCUCAGGAGGGCCUGGCCAAGCAGCUGGCCGGGGUGCAGGAGGCCUGGGCCACCCUGAAUGCAAAGGUUUAUGAGCGAGAUCGGCAGCUGGAGGAGGCUGCCCAGGGCCACGCCUUCCUCAGACGAUGUCGGGAAUUGCUAGCAUGGGCCGCAGAGAAGCAGGCCCUGGUGUCCUUGGAGGAGCUGGCUGGGAAUAUAGCUCGGGCUGAGGGGCUCCUGGCAUUGCAUGAGGAGCUGGGGAGAGAAAUCAAGGAGUACAGCCUUCAAGCCCAGAACAUACAGCGGGAAGGGCAGCGGCUGGUGGACAGUGGCCACUGCAUGUCCCUGGAGGUAACUGGGUGUCUGCAGGAUCUGGACAGGCAGCUGCGGGCACUCAGAGAGGCCUGGGCCCUGCGCCGGGAACGCUGUGAGGAGAGCUGGCAUCUACAGAAGCUACGGCAAGAGCUGGACCAGGCUGAGGCCUGGCUGGCCUGCCGGGAGGGCCUCCUGCUGGACCCCAACUGUGGGCACUCCGUGUCUGAUGUGGAGUUGCUGCUCUGCAGACACAAGGACUUCGAGAAGCUGCUGGCCUCCCAGGAAGAGAAGUUUGCCCGACUGCAGCAGGAGGCAGCGGUGGACCAGAAGCAGCAAGUGAAGGGGCUGAAACCCUCGGGAAGCUGGUGGCCCAGAGCACAGCUGACUGAGACAGGGGACCCGCAGCCAUCUGUCCCCACUGGGUCUCGCAUACGCUUCACCAGCGUCUCCCCGGAGUGCACAGCGGGGCCCCUGGGGGAUGCAAAGGGUGCCCCCACCAUGGAGGGAAUUUUGGAACUUAAGCAGCAGCUCCUGCCUGGGAGGAGGCAGGACACGGCUUCCAUAGCCUCCAUCGACCUCACAGGAACGCAGCGUGAGAAGCUGGGAGAUCACCAUGAUGGAAAACACACUUUUUCCUUAAGGCUGGCUGCGGGAGAGACCCUGUCUGCGGCGCCACCUGCAGGGCAGACUGGGAGCUGGCGGGGCGCCCUGAGCAGCUGGGCAGCUCUGGAGGCUGAGAAGUCCAAGAUCAUGGUGCUGGCAGCCCCCAGUCUGAGCCCAGAGCUCCAAGCCAGACCCUCAGGCUUCCUGGCCGAGCGCAGUGCUGAGAGGGUACCCGGCAUGCCAGCUCCACUCAGAUUCCACGGCGGUCCCCCGCCCGCCUGGCUGCAGGCGAUGCGAGUGUGCGCCCACAGCUACCCGCAGCCCAUGGGGCUCCCACAGACGGCUGGCCCCGCACAGCAAACUGCAGAAGGCUCCCGCCGCCGGUCCUGCUCAGGCCAGAUCCAUGGUCCGGGCCUUGAAGCAAAUGCAGAGGUGGCACCAAACUUCAGGGCUACAAGCGAGGACACCCUCGAGGGAACCAGGAGACCCAGCUAUCCGGCCCCUUAGGACCAACUUCUGGAAUAGCUGGUUCCUCAUCCGGAGAUGGGCCCCACCAAGGUCAGAGCCUGCUGAAGUCACACCCUUAGCACUGUCUACCUGGCUCAUCUGGUCCCACGUCUGGCCGCCCCUACUGUGGGACAGGAAGCAGCCCUUCGACUGAGUCCCUGGGUGAGGAGGACGGGGUGCUGGCUGGCAUUACCUGUGAGUCAUCUGGGCAGGGCCAGGGCUGCAGCAGCAAUAUGGCCUCCUCUCUGCUUGAAGAGAGUGAGCUUGGGUGGAGCAGACAUGGCCAUGAGCUCACAGCCUGCUCUGCAA